AUGAACACACCCCCAACUAAAGGUCUGCUGGACCCAAGAGCCAUGAUGGACUUUUUUCACGGAAGAAGGAGAUACGGGAUAGAUAUGCGGAUGAGCUCGGUUCAUUUCCAGCAGCAUUCUCCGCCAUAUUAUCGGCAGUCCAGUGAUGAGUACAUCAAACCAUCUGAAAGUCCAUCUUGCAAACGCAGACGUUUGUCCCGCUCCGAUCAUCAUAUCGACUUGAAUGUACAGCCUCCUUCACCACCUCGCAGGUCUCCCCGGCAGCAUCCUCCAUCCACUUCGCAUCUGCCAAUGCAGGUCCCAGUGACAAUUCCAAUGAACCACGAAGCAGUUUGGAGCUACACCACAACCUGUCCUCAAAACACCACAACACUGUCGUUUACAUAA